CCCUCUCAUCUUCUCUGUCCUCCCUCCCUCGUCUCUGUCCUUCAUACCCGUCAGCUCCCCUCCGAGGCGCGCGUCGCAAUGGGCCUGGGCUGACGCGAGGUAACGCCCGGAUUUCGCCGCAUCCUAUGGUGGGGACGCUCCCGAAGACGCUCAUGGAGAUGCGCGCCCUCAUUGAGUGUGAUCUCUCUUGGAGUCGCUCGUGGGGACGCUCGUGGAGACGCUCGUGGAGACGCUCGAACGGCUGGACCGACGGUCCGCACUCGAGCUUCGCCAGCAAGGACGAGACGGGCUUCGACGCCCACCGCGGCGCCGCCACCUCCUGGUGUUCCGACGAGGAUGCCUACGCCGACGACGACGCCGAGGGCCUCAACGCCCAUAUGCUGCUCCGACGAGGAGGGCCUCGACGCCCACCGCACCGCGGCGUUGCCGCCUCCUGCUGCUCCGACGAGGAUGCCGACGGCGCCGACGCCGACCUCGACGAGGUCGACGCCGACCUCUUCAAUCUCGGCGAUCUCGGCCGACCUCGUCGACCUCUGUGAGCUUGCCCAGGGCCCGCCUACCGGCGCCCGCCCACCGGCGCCCGCGCGGCACCCUCCGUUGUGGGCGGCUCGGAGAAAGGUGCUGCUGGGGGGGAGGCCGCGGCGUUUGGCGCCACCGACCG